GCUCCAACUCACAGCUGGCCUUCAGCAUUGCGUCCGGGGACAGCGCGGGGCAGUUCGGCAUUGACAACAGCGGGGUGCUGAGCAUCAGGCAGCCUUUGGACCGGGAAAGCCAGUCUUUCUACAGCCUUGUCGUGCAAGUCCACGACAUGGCCCUUCUCCCGGCCUCCAGGUACACAAGCACAGCCCAAGUUUCAAUUAUUCUGCUGGAUGUGAACGACAGCCCUCCAAGCUUUAUCUCUCCGAAGCUGACCUACGUCCCGGAAAACACGCCGAUAGAUACGAUUGUGUUCAAAGCGCAGGCGACCGAUCCCGACAGCGGUCCAAACAGCUACAUCGAAUAUAGUCUGCUCCGGCCUCUGGGAAACAAAUUCAGCAUUGGCACUAUUGACGGUGAAGUGAGGCUUACCGGAGAGCUCGACAGAGAAGCCGUGUCCAACUACACCUUGACUGUGGUAGCCACAGACAAGGGCCAGCCAUCGCUUUCUUCGUCUACAGAUGUGGUGGUCAUAGUCCUGGACAUUAAUGACAAUAACCCGCUUUUUGCCCAAAAACUUUAUAAAGUAGAGGUGGGGGAAAAUACUUUGACAGGGACAGAUUUAAUCCAGGUGUUUGCUACGGAUGGAGAUGAAGGUACAAACGGGCAGGUCCGCUAUGCCAUUGUGAGCGGAGAUGCCAAUAAUGAGUUUCGGAUUGAUUCUGUGACAGGGGUGAUAACAGUUGCCAAGCCUUUGGACAGAGAGAAAAAGCCCUCCUAUACAUUGACCGUUCAGUCAGCCGACCGCGGGAGCAGCCCGAGGACCGAUACCACAACAGUCAGUAUUAUUCUGAAGGAUGUCAAUGAUUAUAUUCCCACAUUUGAACUUUCUCCCUACUCUGUCAACGUCCCUGAGAAUUUAGAGACGCUCCCAAAAGUUAUUCUUCAGGUUGUAGCAAGGGACGAUGAUCAAGGCCUAAACAGCAAGCUUACUUAUGUGCUGGUGUCUGGAAAUGAAGAAGGAGCCUUUACUCUCUCGGCCAGCGGAGAGCUGUGCUUGGUGCAGAGCCUGGACCGGGAGGCAAAGGAGCAGUACGUACUACUGAUCACAGCUGCUGAUGCAGGGUCUCCUGCCCUCACUGGCACUGGAACCAUUGCUGUCACAGUGGAUGAUGUCAAUGACAAUGUCCCCACAUUCGCCUUUAACGUGUAUUCUGCCACUGUUCCAGAGGAUGCACCUACGGGGACAGAUAUUUUGCUUGUAAACUCCUCAGAUGCUGACGCUUCUACAAAUGCUGUUAUUAGCUAUAGGCUUACGGGUGGCAAUUCUCAAUUCACAAUCAACCCAUCAACGGGACAAAUCAUCACCAGUGCUCUCCUCGAUCGAGAGGCAAGGGAGAACUACACUUUGGUGGUGGUGGCGAGUGAUGGGGGCUUCCCCAGGGCUCUCUCCAGUUCCACCAGCGUGCUCGUCUCUGUUGCCGACGUGAAUGACAACCCGCCCAAGUUUCAACACCAUCCCUACGUCACCCACGUCCCAUCACCUACCACUUCAGGCUCGUUUGUGUUUGCUGUGACUGUCACCGAUGCAGAUGCUGGCUCCAAUGCUGAGCUCCAUUAUUCCCUCAUGGGGAAAAACUCCGAGAAAUUCCACAUCGACCCAGCAAGGGGGGCAAUCCUGGCUGCAAACCUGCUGGCAGGAGAGUCUGAAGUCACCAUCUCUGUUCAUGUGAGGGAUGGAGGCCGGUACCCCAAGACAGACUCUACAACUGUCACCGUGAGGUUUGUGAACAGAGCAGAAUUUCCUCGCGUUCAGGCGGAUCAGGAGACCUUCACGUUUCCUGAAAACCAAGCAGUCGGUACGCUUGUCACCACUGUCUCCGGGACUUCAGCCAGAGGAGGCUCCUUGUCUUACUACAUUGCUAGUGGUAACCUGGGCAGCACCUUCCUGGUCGACCAGGUGACAGGACAGCUUUCUGUCGGGCGGGCUUUCGAUUUCGAAGCCAUACAGAAAUACGUGGUUUGGAUUGAGGCCAGAGAUACGGGCUUUCCUCCCUUUUCCUCAUAUAAGAAACUGGAAGUAACGGUGAUAGAUGUCAAUGAUAACGCGCCAGAGUUUGAGCAAGACCCCUUCAUUGCAGAAAUAGUGGAGAACCUGUCCCCACGGAAGAUACUGACGGUGGCUGCUGUUGACAGGGACAGUGGUCUAAAUGGAGAGGUAAAUUAUGAAAUAAUUGAGGGCAAUACAGAAAAUAGUUUCAGUAUCAAUCGAGCCACUGGUGAGAUCAGAAGUGUCAGACCCUUGGACAGGGAGAAAUUGUCUCGAUACACACUAACCAUAAAAGCUUCAGAUAAAGGCACCCCGCUCCAGAGCACGACGGUUAAAGUUAUCAUUAAUAUUUUAGAUGAAAAUGACAAUGCUCCAAGGUUUUCCCAGAUAUUCAGUGCUUCUGUGCCUGAAAAUGCACCUCUGGGUUUUACGGUAAGCCGAGUCACGACAUCAGAUGAAGACAUUGGGGUGAACGCAGUCAGCAGGUACUCCAUAAGGGAUACAAGUCUCCCGUUCACCAUAAAUCCCAGCACUGGGGACAUCACCAUCAGCAGACCACUAAACAGGGAGGACACAGACCGCUACAGAAUCAGGGUCUCUGCGCAUGACUCCGGGUGGACAGUGAGCACGGAUGUCACCAUAUUUGUCACAGAUGUCAACGACAAUGCCCCACGAUUUACAAAGCCAUCCUAUUACCUGGAGUGUCCCGAACUUCCUGGGAUUGGGUUGAAGGUCACCCAGGUUUCAGCCACCGAUCCCGAUGAAGGGUCGAAUGGCCAAGUCUUCUACUUCAUAAAAUCCCAGUCCGAGUUCUUCCGAAUUAAUGCAACCACAGGGGAAAUUUUCAACAAGCAGUAUUUAAGGUACCAAAACUCCAGCGGUUCAAGCAAUGUCAACAUUAAUAGGCACAGCUUCAUCGUUACUUCUUCAGACCGAGGCAGUCCUCCGUUAAUGAGCGAGACAACGGUCACCAUUAACAUAGUAGACAGCAACGACAACGCGCCGCUGUUCCUCACUCAUAAAUACUUUACUCCUGUUACUAAGAACGUGAGAGUUGGCACAAACUUAAUUAAAGUUACUGCAGUGGAUGACAAAGACUUUGGCUUGAAUUCUGAAGUGGAGUACUUUAUCUCUGAUGAAAGCAAAACUAAUAAAUUCAGGCUGGACAGGAGUACAGGCUGGAUUUCUGUGUCAUCUUCACUAAUGGCUGAUUUGAACAAAAACUUCCUCUUUAAAGUGAAAGCAAAGGAUAAAGGUAAUCCUCCACUCUCAUCCGAGGUAGCUGUUGAAAUAGUAGUAACAGAGGAAAAUUACCAUACGCCUGAGUUUUCUCAAAGCCGCAUGAGCGUUACUAUCCCGGAGAGUCACUCUGUUGGAACAGUGGUCAGGACGGUUUCAGCCCGAGACAGAGAUGCCGCUAUGAACGGACUAAUCACAUAUAAUAUUUCCUCUGGGAAUGAGGCUGGCGUCUUUGCUAUUAAUACAACUACCGGUACGCUGACACUAGCAAAACCACUCGAUUUUGAGUUAUGCCAAAAGCAUGAGCUCGUUGUUACUGCCACGGAUGGAGGAUGGGUGUCCAGAACAGGCUACUGCAGUGUCACUGUAAAUGUCAUUGAUGUGAAUGAUAAUUCUCCAGCAUUCAGCCCUGAGGACUACUUUCCCAACGUGUUAGAAAAUGCCCCCAGUGGGACAACUGUUAUUCGUUUAAAUGCCACUGAUGCUGACUCUGGACCUAACGCUGUGAUUGCAUAUGCUAUUCAGUCCUCAGAUAGUGACCUCUUUGUCAUUGAUCCCAAUACAGGAACGAUCACCACCCAGGGAUUUUUAGAUUAUGAAACAAAGCAAAGUUACCAUUUAACAGUAAAGGCUUUUAAUGUUCCGGAUGAAGAGAGGUGCAGCUUUGCUAGUGUCAACAUCCAGUUAGAAGGGACAAAUGAAUAUGUGCCUCGUUUUGUGUCCAAGCUUUAUUAUUUUGAGGUUUCUGAGGCAGCCUCCAAAGGUACUGUUGUAGGUGAAGUUUUUGCAAGUGAUCGUGAUAUGGGAACUGAUGGAGAAGUCCACUACCUUAUCUUUGGCAACAGCAGAAAGAAAGGCUUCCAGAUAGAUGAGAAAAGUGGCCAGAUCUAUGUUUCAGGACCUCUCGACAGAGAAAAAGAAGAACGCGUCUCUUUGAAAGUCCUUGCAAAAAAUUUUGGGAGCAUUCGUGGUGCAGAUAUAGAUGAAGUAACUGUUAAUAUCACUAUACUGGAUGCCAAUGAUCCUCCCGUUUUUACCUUGGGAACCUACAAUAUACGAAUCAGUGAGGGUGUUCCUCCAGGCACCCAUGUCACGUUCGUGAGUGCCUUUGAUUCAGAUUCUGUCCCUAGCUGGAGCAGGUUUUCCUAUUUCAUUGGGUCUGGCAACAACAACAGUGCCUUUUCCAUCAAUCCCCAGACAGGACAGGUGACGGUCACUGCAGAGCUGGAUCGAGAAACGUUGCCUGUGUACAACCUGUCUGUGCUGGCCAUCGAUUCGGGAACGCCAUCUGCUACAGGAAGUGCCUCUUUAUUGGUAACUUUGGAAGAUAUCAACGACAACGGCCCUACUUUGUCCACCAGCCAAGGAGAAGUCAUGGAGAAUAACCGUGCGGGAACGCUUGUGAUGACGCUUCAAUCGUCAGAUCCUGAUCUCCCUCCGAACCAAGGUCCCUUUACAUAUUACUUGCUCAGCACUGGUCCCGCAACUAGCUACUUCAGCCUUAGCACCGCUGGCGUGCUGACAACGACAAGAGAGAUCGACAGGGAGCAAAUCAGCGAUUUCUACCUGUCGGUGGUUACGAGAGACUCUGGCGUUCCUCAAAUGUCUUCCACAGGAACUGUGCAGAUCAAGGUAAUAGACCAAAACGACAACCCGUCUCAGCCCAGAACGGUAGAAAUCUUUGUUCACUAUUAUGGCAACCUCUUCCCAGGUGGAAUUUUGGGCAACGUAAAGCCGCAAGAUCCAGAUGUGCUAGACAGCUUCCAGUGCUCCCUCACCUCAGGAGUCACCAGCCUCUUCAGCAUUCCUGGGGGUACCUGUGAGCUGCACUCGCAGGCAAGGUCCACGGAUGGCACAUUUGACCUGGCUGUCCUCAGCAACGAUGGGCUGCAUGGUGCCGUCACGAGCAGCAUCCGCAUUUUCUUCACGGGCUUCGGCAAUGCCACCAUUGACAACAGCAUCCUCCUCCGCCUGAGCACCCACAGCGUGCGGGAUUUCCUGACGAAUCACUAUCUCCACUUCUUACGCAUCGCUAGCUCCCAGCUGACCGGGCUGGGCACCGCCAUCCAGCUCUACGGGCUGUAUGAGGAGAGCAACCACACCUUCCUGAUGGCAGCCGUCAAACGCGGCAACAACCAGUACGUGAAUCCCAGCGGCGUGGCCACCUUCUUUGAGAGCAUCAAAGAUGUCCUCUUCCGCCAGAGCGGGGUGCGGAUCGAGGCUGUGGACCACGACUGGUGCCUGCAGAGCCCCUGCCAGAACGGAGGGAGCUGCCUGCGGAGGUUGGCAGUGGGCCCGGCUCUGAAGAGCCACGAGAGCGUCCCCGUCAUCAUCGUGGCCAACGAGCCCCUCCGGCCCUUCGUGUGCAGGUGCAUGCCAGGGUACGAUGGGAGUCUGUGCGAGAUGGACAUCGACGAAUGCCUCCCUUCCCCCUGCCACAACGACGGGACUUGCCACAACUUGGUGGGGGGCUUCUCCUGCAGUUGCCCAGAGGGCUUCACUGGCAUGGCCUGCGAGAGGGACGUCAACGAGUGCCUUUCCAACCCAUGCAAAAACGGUGCUGCCUGCCAGAACUUCCCAGGAAGCUUCAACUGCGUUUGUAAAACCGGGUAUACAGGGAAAACGUGCGACGCCACUGUCAAUUACUGCGAGUGCAACCCCUGUUUCAAUGGUGGAUCCUGCCAAAGCGGGGUGGAGGGCUACUACUGCCACUGCCCCUUCGGUGUUUUUGGGAAUCAUUGUGAACUGAACAGUUAUGGAUUUGAAGAGUUGUCAUAUAUGGAGUUUCCCAGUAUGGAUCCAAACAAUAAUUACAUCUAUAUAAAGUUUGCCACUAUAAAAAGUAAUGCCUUAAUGUUGUAUAACUACGAUAACCAAACCGGAGAACGGGCAGAAUUUCUGGCCCUGGAAAUAGCAGAAGAGAGGCUGAGAUUCUCCUACAAUCUUGGCAGUGGCACAUACAAGCUUACCACAACUAAGAAGGUGUCUGAUGGACAAUUUCACACAGUUAUUGCCCGGAGGGCUGGAAUGGCAGCGUCACUGACGGUGGAUUCCUGCUCUGAGGAUCAGGAGCCAGGCUACUGCACUGUUAGUAAUGUUGCUGUUUCUACUGACUGGACUCUCGAUGUACAACCAAAUCGAGUUACUGUUGGUGGCAUCAGGUCUGUAGAGCCCAUCCUUCAAAGGAGAGGACAGGUGGAAAGCCAUGAUUUUGUGGGCUGUAUAAUGGAGUUCGCAGUCAAUGGACGUCCCCUGGAGCCCAGCCAGGCUUUGGCAGCGCAAGGAAUCUUAGAUCGAUGCCCCAGACUAGAAGGCGCUUGCACGACCAGCCCCUGCCAACAUGGUGGCACCUGUGUUGAUCACUGGUCGUGGCAGCAGUGUCACUGCAAUGAUGGACUGACGGGAAAGCACUGUGAGAAAUAUAUUACUGCUGACACUGCCUUAUCGCUAGAAGGCAAAGGACGACUUGACUACCACAUGAGCCCAAACAAGAAGCGAGAAUACAUGAUGAGACACGGCACUCGAGGCGCCGGCCCAGGACCCUUGAACGCGGACCGCUUGGAAGUGAAGUUCAGGACAAGAAGUGAGAACGGCGUUUUAGUUCACGUCCAGGAAAGCAGCAACUUCACUACUGUGAAGAUAAAAGGUGGGAAAGUGCAUUACGUAUCGGAUGCUGGAAUUGCUGGGAAAGUGGAAAGAAAUAUCCCAGAAGUGUACGCUGCGGAUGGUCAGUGGCAUUCGGUACUCAUUGAGAAGAACGGGUCUGCUACUAUCCUGUCGGUCGACAAGACUCAUAGCCGAGACAUUCUCCACGCCACGCAAGACUUUGGUGGUCUAAACGUUCUUACAAUUUCUUUGGGAGGAAUCCCAUCGAGCCAACCUUUCAAGAGCACAGUUGCAGGCUUCGAUGGCUGCAUUUCCUACAUCAAGUACGGCGGGG